AUGCUUACUUCUAAUUCAUCUAAUAAAAAUCAAGAAUCUGUGAGCGCUGGUCACUCUCAGGAGUUUUUAGCAUUACCUUUCUCUUCUUUAAAAUCCCAAAACAAAGUAAACCAAGAUGAAGAUUUACUUGAGAAAAACUCCCCAGUUACUUAUUAUCCAAAGCUAGAAUUAAGCACUUCGAGACGCAACCGCGGCUUAAUUGAUCCCCAAAGAAUCAUUGGCGAACGCGAAGAUGAUGAAGAUGAUGACACUGAUUUUGAAAAUGAUGACAUGAACGGAGGUAGCAUUUUUAAACCCGACAUAACAUUUAAAGAAAUUCAGCGAGAUCAACCACCAAGAAAUAUCAGUGAUCCUUCAGAUGAAAGUUUACAACAGAUAACCUAUAAAGAAACCAAAGAACCUGAAGAAAAGAAAAAAACCUCUAAAAAACAAAAAAAUGACAAGAAUCUAAACGACCCCACAGAUGACGAUAAAGACGAAGAUCAAGACAAAAAUGUUACAGUUGAUGGCUCCUUGUUUUCCUUUUCUCGUUUUCCUGCAGAUUUCAUAUAUGUCAUUCCUGCAAUUUUUGUUACUUGUGUUGCUGGAGUCGGCCAACCAAUCCAAACAAUUCUUAUGGGAAAGGUUUUUACUUCACUCUCCAAAUUUUCAACGGGACUUGUGUAUGAUUCACCUCAAGCAUUUAUGAGAGAUGUCACUAUUUAUACUAUGUCUAUAAUUGGUCUUAGUGGUGCCAUUUUGCUUUUUCAAAGUUUCAUGGUAGCGACUUGGGAUUACUACUCUUCUGUACAAGUUAGUCGUGCACGAGAAAAGGCAUAUUUUCGUUUUCUUGGUAGAGAUUUUACUUGGUAUGAUAAAAACAAAGGUGUAAUGGGGACUUUAUCUCUUCUCAACCGCUCAUUUGAUGAUUUUAGACUCGCUACAUCUAUGAAUUUGGCCUUAAACAUUCGUUCAAUUUCUUGUAUAAUUGCUGCAUUGAUAGUUGCAUUUGUAUUUGAUUGGAGUCUUACACUGAUAUCUCUCUGUUCUUUACCUGUAAUCGUUAUCUUUACAGGAAUCACAACUACCCCAAUGACAAAGGCCCUCGUUCAAUAUAAAGCAAUUGUUGAAGAUGCAUCAUCGUUAAUUAAUUGGACAGUUACAUCUAUUGCUACAGUAAAGCAAUUCAACGCUCAAUUUGUACAGAUCCGAAAACUCAAUAUAUAUCUUGACGAAGCAUUUAUACAUUAUAAAAGAUUCAUUGUUUUUGCCGGAUUUCAACAAGGAAUUUCUCGCUUUAUUAUGCUUACAAUGUUUGUUCCUGCUUUUGUAUAUGGUGGUAAAUUAGUUGCUAAAGGUAAAGCUUAUCCAGGUGAUGUUCUUACAGUUUUUUGGUCUACAAUGAUGAUUGCCAACAACCUUAGCGAACUUGGUUUACGGAUGGAACCCGUCCACAAAGGAAUUGUUGCUUCAUCUAGAAUCAAAGAAUUUUUAGAUCUUGGAAUGUCAUCUUCUACUUAUUUCAAAAGUAUGAUUGGUUUGUUUCCCGACUCUUGCAAGGGAUCUAUUGUUUUUCAAAACGUCCAUUUUUCUUAUCCUUCACGCCCUGGUGUUAAAGUUUUACGGGGUCUUGAUUUAGAUAUUUCUCCUGGACAAACUGUAUUUAUUGUUGGUAAUUCUGGUUGUGGAAAAUCUACCAUUUCCAAUAUUGUUUUGCGUUUAUACAAUAUUUUAAAAGGCGUGGUUCUUAUUGACGGGUAUCCUAUUGAAACUCUUUCCGCAAAAUGGUUGUUAAACAAUAUUACUGUUGUUGAACAGCAGAGUGUUCUUUUUAAUACCACAAUCAAGGAAAAUAUUGCCUUGGGUAACUGUAUUCGUGGAACGGAAAUGUCCGAUGUUCAACUUGAAUAUUCUAUUUCUUUUGCAACAUUGAGAAAUAUUAUUGAAUCUGCAUCGAAGGGGUUGGAUUCCAUUGUUGGUUCUGGUGGUAGUAAACUCAGUGGUGGUCAACGCCAAAGAGUUGCAUUAGCACGAGCCCGUGUUAGAGAUACACCGAUUUUGAUUUUGGAUGAAUCACUGAGCGCUUUAGAUCCACGUUCAAGAGAAACUAUUCUUCGCAAUAUUCGUACUUGGCGUAAAGGAAAAACUACCAUUAUUAUCACUCACGAGUUGAAUCAAAUACAACCUGAAGAUUAUGUGUACAUUUUUCACAAAGGCAAAACCUUAGCCCAAGGACUUCGGAAGGAUCUCAAUGAUUGCAAUUUCUUUUCUGGAAAAUCAAAUAGUAUUAUGAUCAAUGAUAACAUGAGUACCGUUAGCUCGUCUAGUUCUCAUUCACCCUUCUCUGAUUAUUAUGGGAUGUCGCUUAACUCUUCAAAACGAGAAACAAUUCACGUUAUGGAUACAUUUUCUGAAGAUUUUUCUGAAGAUUUUUCUUCUUUAAAUGAAAUCAAAGGUAAAGAAGCGCCUCUUAAUAUUGAUCCAAAAUCUGAACGACUUAAAAACAUCAACCGUUUGUCUACUGUCCGCCCUCUUUCAUCAUUUUAUCCGUCGUUAUUGCUUAUUGAUCCAAGAGGGGAGGAAUCUAUUCAUAAUCUUUUAGAGGCUGGAAACAGAAAUAUUAUUGAUGGCAGAAGAUUUUCCGAGCCACCUACCCCAUACACACCCACAAACCAAUUUACUUUUGAUAGCAUGGAAAGCAAACCAGAAAAACAAACAGCAUUUAAGCUUGGAUACAUCAAUCCCAAAGAUACCAAAGGACUUCCAAUUCCAACAUUAUCGGUUCUUUAUAAAUGUUUUCAAACAGUUCAAAAUAAACCCGUUUUACUUUUUGGAAUUUGCAUUGCUAUCAUUAAUGGUGCUGUCAAUCCAAUUUUCUCUUUUGCUAUUGCCAAAAUUUUCACUAGUAUGUUUCCUGGAUCUUCAACCGGAUCCAACUCUAAAUGGAUUGCGUUGGCAAUUUCUAUUGCAUUUAUUGAUUCAGUAACUAUUUAUUUGCGUACAACUGUUUUGUGCCUUGCUGCCGAUCGUUGGGUUUGUUCUAUUCGCCUUAAAGCCUUUGAAUCUGUGACUUCUCGGGAUAUUUCAUGGUUUACUGACAACAAGAUUGACAGUGGCGAGCUCACUACUCUUCUUAUGAACAACACUGAAGAUAUUAGAGUUAUUAUCACAUUAUUUCUUACAAUUUUAUCGACAUGUGUUUCACUUUCUUUAAUUUGUAUCAUUUGGGUUAUGAUUAUGGGAUGGAAACUAUGCUUUGUGGCGUUAUCUUUAAUUCCUGGAUCUUAUAUCUCGUAUCUCAUCUUUAAGUAUUUUAACAACAUUUGGGAGGCUCAAGUCAUAAGCUUGGGCGCUAAGGUUGACGGAAUACUUUAUGAAAUGGUUUCAGGAAUUCGCACAUUAAGAAUUUUAGGCAUCGAAAAGUAUUUUAAUGAUGCUUUUAAAUCUUCAAUAAGCCAAUAUUCUGUCAUUAAACUUAAGGAUUCCAUGUGCAAAGGCAUUGGAUUUGCAAUCUCUGAUUUUUUUCCUCUUGCCUGCCAGGGAAUUUUACUUUAUUUUGGAAUGAAGCUUGUUGCUGAUGGUGAAUAUACUUUGGAGCAAGUAAUGAUCAUUUUCACUAUUCUUUUAUUUUCAAUAACCUCUAUUAGUGUUCUCAUGACUGCUAUACCUCAAAUGCAUGGUCCUCUGCUUACUGUUUUGCGCCUUUUUCAUUUUCUUGACGAUAACUCAGACCUCAACCAAGAAAAAAUUGGGCAAAAAAUUAAAAUGUCUUUAACCAGCUCCACAAUUAUUUUUAAGGAUGUUUGCUUUAGUUAUACUACACCAAAAGAAAUCAGUACUUUGGUCAAUUUCGAUGAAUCAAGCGAUGACGAAGAUCUUACUUUUACAACCAAGAUAGAAUCUACACGUCCCGUUAGCUCUUUUUCUUUUUUUGCACCUGAUACAUUUAAAGAUUCAGUCAUCACUACAUCUCAGCCUGUCAAAAAAUCAGAACAAGAAACAAGCAAGCAUGGGUUUAAAAAUCUUCUAAAUGGCCUAGAUUUGUUAUUUAAGCGUUCCAAAAGCCAAAUUCUUAAAGCCAAGAUUUCGGAAAAGGCUUCUAGACGUCGCAUUAUUGAAGUUCCUGUUUUAUAUAACAUUAACACAACAAUUCCUAAAAAUUCAGUUGUUGCUAUAGUUGGCCCUUCUGGCUCUGGCAAGUCUACACUUACAUCACUUUUAACUAAACUUUAUCUUCCCACUUCCGGAGUUAUUACUAUUGGAGGGGUUGACAUUACCGAUAUUGAUACCGAUUCACUGAGAUCUGAAAUUGCGGUUGUUGGACAAAUGCCAUUAAACUUUUUUAGAGGAACAAUCUGUGAAAAUUUGACCUUUGGACUUAAUGCCAAUAUAUCUAUGGAUGAAAUUCGAAGAGUGUGUCAGGAUUGCGCAAUUGAUGAUUUUAUCAGCACUUUACCUGAUAAGUAUGACACUAUGAUUGGUGGUUCAACCGGUCAAGUUUCUAGUGGUGCAAGUAACUUAAUGAGCGGCGGACAAAUGCAAAGAAUAGGAUUAGCAAGAGCACUACUUAGACAGCCCAGAGUUCUUAUUUUGGAUGAAUGCACUUCUGGUUUGGAUUCAAAGUCUACUGCUACAAUUCUGACAAAACUUGAAGCAUACAAACAAAAGCGAACAAUGACUAUUAUUAUAAUCACUCACCAAAAAGAACCAACAGAAAUUGCGGAUAUAAUAAUUACUUUGUCACAAGGUCAUAUUUUUCGGAAUGAGAUUAAGAAUAACAAGUUUGCAAGGCAGUCUUUGGAUAUAAACUAA